AUGAUCUCUUCAAGAUUGGUCUUAAUGGGCUAUCAGUAUGCUUUCGCUGUCAACUCUAUUCUGCUAUUUUUGUUUGGAUUUGUUGUCUUUUUCAACCUAAAAUCAGCCCCUAGAGAUGUUGGUCUACCUGAUCCUAUCGAAUCCCCAGACGAACAAAAUCGUGUCAUAGAAGAGCCUACUCAACGCCCUGUACCUAUCAAUUUCUGGAGAGCAUGGCUUUUACCUGGAGUUAUAUCGUACUCUCUUGCCUACGCAUGCCUUAAAUUAGUCAACUAUGGCUUUUUCUUCUGGCUUCCUUACUAUCUCCAUUCGAAUUUUGGAUGGAGCGAAUCUGACGCGGACGCGUUAUCAGCGUGGUAUGACGUUGGAGGCAUAGUAGCUGCUAUAAUAGCUGGAGCCAUAUCUGAUCACUUUACUUCCCGCACUCCCAUUGUCGUCGCCAUGUUGGUUUGCUCAACCUUUUCGCUUUGGGCAUAUUCAGCAUCUCCUUCAUCGAUGGUUAUAAAUGCAAUCUUACUCACUAUUGCUGGAUUCUUCAUUGGCGGCCCAGCAAAUAUGAUAUCGAGCUCUGUAUCUGCAGAUUUAGGUAGAGCUCGCGAACUUCGAGGCAAUGCAGAGGCGUUGUCGACAGUGACGGGGAUUGUGGAUGGGACUGGAAGCUUUGGAGCUGCUCUGGGUCAGGUUUUGAUACCAUCGAUUCAAGCAGUAUUUGGAUGGGAGUUCGUUUUCUACGGAUUCAUAGUCAUGAUCAUAUGUACCACAGCGUGUCUAACUCCGCUACUUUAUCGUGAGUUGCAAUGGCGGCGAAGAGGCUCAUAUGUUAGUCUAACUUCUGAUUCGGAAACAGAAGAAGAACCUGAAAUUGCUGAAGAGGAAAUAGCUAGAAGGCGAAUAUUCAGUGGAGAAGUUCCAUUUUAG